AUGUUGGUCUACCAGGAUCUGCUCUCUGGCGACGAGCUCCUGUCGGACUCCUUCCCCUACAAGGAGCUCGAGAACGGCGUCCUCUGGGAGGUCGAGGGCAAGUGGGUCGUCCAAGGACCUGUUGAUGUGGAUAUUGGUGCCAAUCCGUCUGCCGAGGGUGGCGAAGAUGAAGGUGUUGAUGACUCGGCCGUCAAGGUUGUUGACAUUGUUGACACCUUCCGCCUUCAGGAGCAACCCCCUUUUGACAAGAAAUCGUUCGUGGCUUACAUUAAGAAAUACAUCAAGAACCUCACUGCCGUGUUGGAGCCAGAGAAGGCAGAUGAAUUCAAGAAGGGCAUUGAGGGUGCCACCAAGUUUCUUCUUAGCAAGCUCAAGGACCUUCAAUUUUUUGUUGGUGAGAGCAUGAAGGAUGAUGCAACUGUGGUGUUCGCCUAUUACAAGGAUGGUGCCACUAAUCCGACUUUCCUCUACUUUUCCCAUGGUCUGAAGGAGAUCAAGUCAUGUGGCAAAACAACCUCUGCAAGAUUUACUGGUUCUACCAAACACGAGCAGAGCUUGCAUGGGAAUGUUAAGCCAAUGCAAUUGGCAGCAAAUGGAUCCUCUUGUUUGGCUUACAGAAGUCCAGUACUUAAAAAUCAGUGGAAUCUUUCUGCUAGUUCUUCCUCUGCAAAUGUGGUAACCACCUUUGAUGAUGACAUAGGCGUAUCUACCAGUGUUAUUGAAGACAAAAUUGGAGUACUGUUAUUAAAUCUUGGUGGUCCAGAGACCCUCGAUGACGUUCAACCAUUUUUGUUCAACCUAUUUGCUGAUCCAGAUAUCAUUCGACUCCCUAGGCUCUUCAGGUUUCUUCAAAGACCACUGGCCAAACUUAUUUCUACUUUUAGAGCUCCUAAGAGUAAAGAAGGGUAUGCUUCAAUCGGUGGUGGGUCACCGUUAAGGAAAAUUACUGAUGAGCAGGCAAAUGCUUUGAAGAUUGCUCUGGAAAAGAAAAAUUUGAAUGCAAAUAUAUAUGUUGGGAUGCGGUACUGGUACCCUUUCACAGAAGAAGCCAUCGAUCAAAUUAAGAAGGAUAAGAUUACCAAGCUCGUUGUUCUUCCACUUUACCCUCAGUACUCGAUAUCAACAAGUGGGUCGAGCAUCCGUGUUCUCCAAAACAUUGUCAAGGAAGAUUCAUAUUUUUCUGGUUUGCCAAUUUCCAUUAUCGAAUCAUGGUACCAACGAGAUGGCUAUGUGAAAUCAAUGGCUGACCUAAUUGAAAAGGAGCUAUCUGCCUUUUCCAAUCCUGAAGAGGUUAUGAUAUUCUUCAGUGCACAUGGUGUGCCACUUACGUAUGUUGAGGACGCUGGAGAUCCUUACAGAGAUCAGAUGGAGGAUUGUAUUGCUUUGAUCAUGGGGGAGUUGAGAUCAAGAGGAAUCUUAAAUAGUCACACUUUGGCGUACCAGAGUCGGGUGGGGCCAGUUCAAUGGCUGAAGCCAUAUACUGAUGAAGUUUUAGUAGAACUUGGUCAAAAGGAGUGA